AUGCUCGGCUAUUGCCCCAAAUCGUGGGCCAGUUCGCGCCUGGUUGGGUUCGUCGGGGCUGUCCUGGUAGUCCUCGCUAAUGCCCCGCCCGUCUCCUCUCAACUUACGGGCAGUGGCUUGUCCGUCGUUCUGAACGAUGUGGACUACUUCAUCUCGCCUUUCAUCGCAGGUCAUGUUACCGUCGAGUCUCAAUCACUAUCAGCCGUCGGGAGUGUCUUUGGCUUUGCCCCCGUCACCAUUGUUCAAGAGGCGAUCGCCCAGUCAGAACUCAGUGAGCUACUCAGCAACUGGACAGCGAGCGACGAUGUCUUCCAGGACGGCUUCACCGGAGCAGUGUUUAUGAGCUCAGUUGGUGCACAGACGUAUGAGUCUCGAAGGAGAUCGACGGCAAACACAACAACGUAUCCUCUGAACACAACAACAAUACCUUCUGGUCCCUACUUCCUCAACAAGGACACCGGGGCACUGCACCAGGUCUAUCGGCUCUAUGAAGACUUUUCUGGCUCCUUUGCUACCUCCCUUCUGCAGAAACCGGACGGAACCUUCCAGCCCCUCUCUGCCCAGGUCGCCUCUUCAGCAGCUUUGACUAUUGGCGUGCCGUCCCGUCUCUACUUCACCAAGACCGCAGAGAAGCCUCUGGCUGGAGUUCGCAUCGGUGUGAAGGAUAUCUACCACCUCGCAGGAGUCAAGUCGUCCAACGGAAACCGGGCAUGGUACAAUCUGUACCCAGAGAACAAUGUGACAGGACCAGCCGUCCAGCGGCUCAUCGACGCAGGGGCUCAGAUUGUCGGCCUUCAGAAGCCCAGCCAGUUUGCCAACGGUGAGACUGCCACCGCGGACUGGGUAGACUACCACUCGCCCUUCAACCCCCGCGGUGACGGCUACCAGGAUCCGUCCUCAAGCUCGUCGGGCGCCGGCGCGAGUAUCGCCACUUACGAGUGGCUCGACAUAGCCGUCGGAAGUGACACGGGUGGCAGCAUCCGGGGUCCUUCAGAGGUCCAAGGCCUGUUCGGCAACCGUCCGUCCCACGGCUUGGUCUCUCUGGACAAUGUGAUGCCGCUGAGCCCGGUGUUGGACACGGCGGGCUUCCUGACGAGGGACCCCUAUCUGUGGGAUGUAGCCCAGCAGGUCUUGUACGGGGACAACUACACCUCAUUCGUGGACAGCAACGAGUCGCCCAACUACCCGACAACGGUGUACUUGGUUGGUUUUCCUACCGACGCCAGUGGUGGUGACGCGGACGCACUGCUUAUUGACUUUGCCAACAAGCUGGCGGCCUUUGUCGGUGGGAACGCGACGGCGCUGGACCUCUCGGAGGCGUGGGCUGACGCAAACGUGACCGGAGCCGGAGGUGUGGCCCUGGACGACCUCCUGAACAUCACCUACCCAACGUUGAUUGGGAAACAGCAGACAGAGCUGGUCAGAGACCCGUUCUACGCCGACUACGCAGCGCUUCACGACGGCCGGCUGCCCUUUGUCGACCCGGCUCCCUUGAUCCGCUGGGCCUUUACUGACAGCCAGCCCGCCGACGCACUCGACCUAGCCAUCACCAACAAGACGUUGUUCAUGGACUGGUUCGGCUCCGAGAUCCUCGCCCCCGUCGACGACGCCUCCCAAUGCUCCUCUGCGAUCCUGCUGUACCCGGGAUCAGAUGCCUCGCAGACGCCCCGCAACGAGUACAGGUCGGCACCGUCCGUCCCCUGGGGGUUCUCGACCGGGCGCAUCAGCGUCUUCAGUGAGUGUCCGGACAGCGUGUUCCCCGUGGGCCAGGCGAGCGGGUUCAGCAACAUCACCCAGCAUGACGAGUUCUUCCCUGUCACCGUGGAUGUCCUCGUGGCCAAGCACUGCGACGGGCUGCUCGUGAGGCUGGCGCAGGACCUGGUGGCUGCAGGUAUCGUGCCUGUGCCUGAGGUGGGCCAGACCAUUUAUGGAGGGGAAGUCCUGCAGAGGUAG